AUGGGGGAUAUGGGCCGGCAGGACAAGCUGUGCCGCGCCCUGGCAGGCUCGGCCGUGCGCCUCCAUGACGCGUUGAACCGCGCAGCUGGAACCGCUCUGCCCGAGGGGAUCGCUUUCCACCUCGCUCGGAGCCAGGAGUCCUUCCGCACCAAGGUCGCGCAGCUCCAGGGCAGCAUCACGGACGCCCUCGCCGCCGCCUGCCAGCACGCCUGCCAGGGCACGAGCGCAGCUGCGCAAAACGAAGGCAUCCGCGACGCUCUUGCCGCCGAUCCCGAGGACGCGUACGCCGAGUUCAUCGAGCCAGCGAUCGACCACUGUCUGGACAGGACGGAGGCGGCGCUCCAGGACAGCAAGGCGCGCGGCGCGGCGGCGUCAGCGGCGGCAGGCGCGCGGCACAUGGGUACCAGCGCGUGGGGGCUUGGCGCGCCGCUGGCGCGCAGCGACGCGGGGCCUGCCGUGGACAUGAGGAACGUCCUGACGGUGAAGGGCGUGAAGCCGCAGCUGUACUUUCACGACAAGGUGGACAACGCCAGCCGGGCGUGGGUGCCCCGCACGUGGCGCGACCUGGCCACCGGCACCGUUCACGCCGCGCCGCCCGACGGCGACAGCGGGGCCGUGCCCGCCGAGUACCAAGACGCGAUCGACGCGCUCGACUAUCCCGGCCACCUGCUCCGCUGCGCGGAGCCCCAGCCGCCGCAGCCCGAGGUGACGACACCCCUGGCGUUCGUGGACACCGAGGAGCAGCUCGCCGAGUGCGCCGCGCACCUCGCAGCCCAGCCGGAGAUUGCGGUGGAUCUGGAACACCACGACCUCAGGUCAUUCCAGGGCUUCACGUGCCUGAUCCAGGUCUCGAGCCGGACGCGCGACUUCGUGAUCGACGCGCUCGUCCUGCGGCACGCCAUCCCCUCGGCGCUCGGGCCCGUUUUCGAGGACCCCAAAAUCGUCAAGGUGCUGCAUGGCGCCGACAUGGACGUCAAGUGGCUGCAGCGGGACUUCGGGAUCUGGAUCGUGACGCUCUUCGAUACAGGCAUCGCGGCGCGCGUGCUCCAGCAGCGCCCGGGCCUCGCCGCCGUCAUGCAGGACGUGUGCGGGGUGCAACUGAACAAGGCAUAUCAAAGGGCCGAUUGGCGGCUCCGGCCGAUUCCUGAAGUCAUGCUGGACUACGCAAGGAGCGACACGCACAGCCUGCUGUACGUCUACGACGUCCUGCGCCGGCGCCUGCUCGACACGCAGCCCUCGGAGGUCCCGGAAGCGCUGCGCGUCGAGGAGUGGCCAGGGGGUGUCAAGUGCGCCGGUGCGGCGGGGCCGCCUCGGGGCCGGCACGACGCACCGGGCAUGCUCGGCGCGUUCGCGACGGUGCUCGAGCGGUCGCGGCAGCUGUCGUUGCGGAUGUACAAAGCACCGAUGUUUGGGCCUGGUGCAUGGCGGCAGGAGUACCGCCGUGGCCUCGCGCAGGGGGAGGGCGCGCUGGACGGCGGGCAGCGUACGACGUUCCGGAUGCUGUACGAGUGGCGGGAUACGGUCGCGAGGAGCGAGGACGAGAGCUUGGGCUUCAUCAUGCCUCGCGCCGCUCUCUUUGUGCUGGCGCGAAGGCAGCCGACGACGGGGGACGCCGUGCAAGGAGCGCUGAGGCAAGGCCGGAGCUACGCUGCAAGGAACGCGACUGCCGUCGCGCAGGUGGUGCGCGAGUCCAUGUCAGAGCCGCCGGACGACUGGCCCCCGAGCGGCGCCCCGUCCGACGGCCGCAACUCGCCCCCUCCCGACGGCCAAGGCAAGCCCGGCUGGACCGUCUCCGGCGGACCCCUGCCCGCGACCGACGCCCCAGCGAAGGACGCGGCACCACCGGGCAUCGGCGCUGCCGUCGCCAUGGCAGCGGGCAAAGCGGCGCAAGCUGCGGCGGCCGCGGCCGCUGCGAUGGUCACCUCUGCAGCCGGUGCAGCCGCUGCGCGUACCGGCGGGGAAGGUGCGGGGGGGUCGGAGCCGGAGCUGAACCAAGGAGCAGCACCGCCCCCUGUGCCGACGUUCGCUCCGCCGCCGAGCGAGAAGGCCGCGGGGGGCGUCGCCGUGAAAGUCGGCGGGGUGAAGAUCGCGCGCAAGGCGCCGUCCGCGGCAGCGGCGUUCGGAAAAUCGGCGAAGACGACAAGCGCUGUCGCGGGCACCCAGCGGCCCGUGAUGACGCUGCCGUUCAGUCUGACGGGAUCCUCCAAGCCGGCGCCCUCCGCAUCAGCGACGCCUGGCGCGCCGACGGCGGCGGGCGACCCGCCCGCCGACGACGCGGCGAAGAGUGCUCCGGAGGCCGCAGCGGACGUGCGCGCGUGGAUGCAGGCCGUCAGGGCGGAGCGAGCCGACGGCGCGAGCGGCGACGACAGUGCCGCCGAGGACGGACACGCUGCGCCUGACGCAGCCGGCCAGGGCGGCGGCGACGCGGAAGGAAACGCGGACGGUGUUGUGGCGGCACAAAAGGCAGGGACGGCGGGGCUGGCUGGAACAGAGUACCUUCCCGUGCCGCUGGCGAAGCAGGGGCGCCGGAGAGGCGGGGAGCCCGUGCGUGUCGACGACGCGGUGGAGCGCGCGGUGGGUCUGGGGCGCGAGGAGAGUGCGACGCGCGCUGCCAAGCGUGCGAAAAUCACGCCGUUCGACUACGCGGCGGCGGAGGCCGAGGGCGGAGCGGAGGGAGGGCGCGGGCGCGGGCGCGGGCGCGGGCGCGGGGGCGGGGGCGCGGGGGCCGGGCGUGGCCGGGGUCGCGGGAGGGAAGGGGGGGGGAAGCGGGCGGCGUUCAACCCGUACAAGUCGCUGGGGGAGGAGCUGGACAAGGCGAAUCGGAAGGCCGGGAAGAGGUCUGGUGGGGCGAAGAAGCUGGGCAGUCAUAGGAGCAUGGGUUUCGGGUGA